AGAUGAAGAGGAAGGGAAGAGGAAUCGACUGAUCGUUCGCGCAGUGGGGAAGAGGAAUCGCGCGCCGCGUCGUUGCAGUGGCCGCCCGUGGAAGAGGAAUCACACACCGCGUCGUUGCAGUGGCCGCCCGUGGAAGAGGAAUCGAGCGCCGCGUCGUUGCAGUGGCCGUCCGUGGAAGAGGAAUCGCGCUGCCGCGUUGCAGUGGGGAAGAGGAAUGGACUGGCCACCCUCCACCGCGUAGGAAGCCGAGGGGUUAGGAGAAGAGGAAGGGAUAGAGGCGUAGGGUCGCAGGGAGCCGCGUAGGAAGGGAAAGGGAUAACCGCGUAGGGUUGCAGGGAGCCGCGUACUGGUUGGUCCGCUGGUAUUUAAAUAUACCUCAAUCUCAAUCCACCGAUGCACAACGCCACAACACAACUCAAACCUCAACACAGACAUGGUUUUCGGUUCUUCAAGCAAAAGAAAGCGUGCGGAUGAAAAAGAAGAUGAUGAUGUGCAAGUCGUCCAAGAGGUGCCUGUAGAUAUCCAAGAUGGUGGUGCAGACGCAAACAACAGUGACGAAGAUGGGGCUGCGGCUACUGGUAUGAGACAUCCACUUCUAGAUGAAAUUAAUAUUAUUGGUGUUCCUAGUGGAAAAAAUGUUGGUGGAACAAAGGAGUGGCAGUUUAAACAUUGCAAGAAAUUGUACAAAGGUAGUUUAACUAGAGUUCGUGUUCAUUUGCUUGGUCCAUUACCUGGUAAAAAAGCACAAAUUGCACGUUGUAUGUCAUUGCAAAACGAUCCCAACAAGAGCAAAGCUUUGCGGGAAAAGGUGAAAGAAGCUGAUAGUAAAGGAUUUCAUAUGAGAUAACAUCAGGGACGUCCACUCUGAAUCCGUUGGCAAAAUCGUUUGGAGUAGCCCAAAGGGAAUCUGUCGAUAUGGAAAUUACCAAAUUUUUAUGUGCCAACGGUAUUCCAUUCAAUGUGUUGAGGAGCCCUCAAUUUUCACAAAUGAUAAUGGCAAUACAAAAUGGUCCAAAAGAUUAUAAAGGUCCGUCGAGUGAAAAGGCAAGGACAACUCUCCUAGAUGCAUGCAAGAGAAGUGUGGAGACCGACUUAGCACCACUUAAAAGUACAUGAAGAUUUCUCUGGAGUUGAAAAAACUGGUGAAGCUAUUGCACAAUAUCUCUUGAAGGCUAUUGAUGAAAUUGGACCAGGAAAUGUCCUUCAAGUGGUAACGGACAAUGCUGCUAAUUGCAAAGCAGCUGGAAAGGAAAUUGAAAAAGGAAUCUCAUAUGCAAUAGCAAAGAAAAAGAAGGGAAUGACAGUUGGUUUUGUGACUUUUCAGAGUGUUGAACAACUAACAAAUGCUGUUCAGAUCCUUAAGAAGAACCCUUCUGGUGGAAAGGAAAUAAAGAUAGUAGAUGCCAAUCGUAGGUCUCAUCAAAAAGCACAUGAUGGAGCACUUGUAUCCAAUACUGGAACCACAACAGAAAAUGGUAGCAGUCCUACUACACCUGCAGAGGAAACAUCUGUGCUUGAAUCGGUGUCAUCAAGUAAAAAAGGUGCCCGUGAUGCAGUUACUCCCCUUGCCAAUAUGACUUACAUUGAUCAGCUAGAACACAAAAAUCAAUCUAUGGCACAGAUACUGAAGAAACUUACUCGCAAUGCUAGGAAAGCUUGCCCACCUGCCAUUCCCCAUCCUGAUUGGGUUUUUAAAUCAAAGGAAAUCGGUGGUCUUCCUUGCAAGUUUGAAGGCAUUUUGGAGUCCCCAGUUGUUAAUGGAUACCGUAACAAGUGUGAGUUCUCUGUAGGAUAUUCCUUAGAGGGCAAAAAGACAGUAGGAUUUAUGCUCGGAAAUUUCAGGGAAGGUGUGACUGCUGUUGAGGAACCUGUGAAUUGUCCAAAUGUCUCAGAAAUUUCCUGCAAAUACGCUCAGAUGUUCCAAGAUUUUCUUCAACCAUCAAGUUUCCCUUUGUGGAGCAGGAUUGACAACUCUGGGUUUUGGCGCCAACUCACAGUCCGUGAAGGAAGAUGUCCAGCUGAAGCUGUUGUUUCACAGAAUGCAGAAUCACAAAUAUCAGAAGUCAUGCUUAUUGUGCAGGUGUGUUCAACAGGUGUUGAUGAAGCUCUUAUGAAAGAAGAGUUUGACAAGCUGUCUGCUAUCCUGAUACAAGGAGCAGCAACAUGCUCACCUCCCUUGCCACUGACAACUAUUGUAGUGCAAGAUCAUAAAGGGAUAUCAAAUGCUGCACCUACUGAUUGCCCACUGAUCCCACUAUUGGUACCAAAGGGAGAUCAGUUGGAUGGCACAACAGAAGAUAAAAUAAGAAUCCAUGAUCACAUAAGCAACUUAAAGUUCUCUCUAUCACCAACAGCUUUUUUCCAGGUUAAUACUCUUGCUGCGGAAAGGUUGUACACCCUUGCUGGUGAUUGGGCUAAUCUCAAUUCAGACACAUUACUUUUUGAUGUGUGUUGUGGGACUGGAACUAUUGGCCUGACCUUAGCACAGCAUGUUGGAAUGGUUGUUGGGAUUGAAAUGAAUGAAUCGGCAGUUUCAAAUGCUUGCAGAAAUGCCCUUGUCAAUGGCAUAAAAAAUUGUCGUUUUGUCUGUGGUAAGGCUGAAGAUGUGAUGGGGCCCCUUCUCACAGAAUAUCUUGGUUCACCACAGCAGCAGGCUGCAGCUUCUAAAAGUAAUUCUGAAAUCGAUGAUGCAAGCAAAAAUGAGGAUACAAUUGGCUGUGCAAGUUAUGAUGGUGAAAAUAUAGAUAGCUCAAAGCAGAGAAAUGACAAUGCUGAAGGUCAGCAGCCUAUGGGUGCGUCAGUUGAUCAUCCUACCUGUGCAAGCGAGGUGGAUGAAAACAAUGUGGCUUCUGGUGAACAGAAUUGUGGGGAAGCAUCAUUGGUUAAUGAUAAACCCAUUGAGACAGCAUCAGAUAAUAGUUUGGAGCAAGGCAAGGCAUGCAAGGAUGGUUCUUCCAGUCCAAACAACAAUGUCCUUGCUGCUAAUGCAUGCCAGUUUAAGAAUGUCGUUGCUAUUGUAGACUCUCCACGUGUUGGCCUUCGCCCUACUGUGAUCAAGGCAUUGAGGACGCAUCCACGUAUUCGACGUCUAGUGUACGUUUCCUGCAACCCUGACAGUCUAGUCGCCAACGCGAUCGAGCUUUGCACACCAACAUCCGAGAAACAAGAGAAGAACAAGGGCAACCGAGGGUGGCGGUCUAUGAGCAGCGCGGGGCUUGCUCGGCAGAGGACGAAGUCGAUGCCCAACUCUGAGCCUUUUAUCCCCAAGAGGGCAAUGGCUGUCGAUCUGUUCCCUCACACGCCGCAUUGCGAGAUGGUUAUGCUCUUUGAGAGAUGAAGGAAGUGUGUGUCUACCAAUGCCUCAGAUUCUUGACCUGUGUCGAGGACCCUAUCAGUUUUUCCUCAUCACCUUGGCCCAUCCAUAUGUUGUAACUUAGUGACAUCUAUUCGAUUGAGAGGCCAGGACAGUUGGUGGUGGGAUUUGCCUUCUUUUGAUAUAGGAUCGGCUACUCUUAAUCACCUGUACGUAUUUAUUGUUUUUGUUAAAUGGAUGUAAUAGUAGGAUUAAUUUCAGCUUUUAUAUCGAUGGUCCAACCUGGAGUGGCAUCCUAGUCAGGGAAGAGAACCGUACAUGAGUACUAGAGCUAGUGUUGGCCCAGCUCCAACCGUGACAGCAGUAUUGCAGCACUCUGAUAUUUUUUGUUUCGAUGUUUUAAGAGUGGAUUUGGUUCCUUUUUUUU